AUGAUGUAUGUGGUGGUGGAGAACCUCCGCUUCAUGUUGCUCUCGUACGAGCCGAAGGAGCCCGUUUACCUCGGCUGCAAGUUCAAGCCACACGCCAAGUACGGCUUCAUGGGUGGAGGAGCCGAUAGGAUCGCGUUCGCGGUUGAUGAGAGCUUCGGCGAAGUUCGACUCGUCGAAGAUCGCAAGAGCCGUCUCGGUUACGUGCUGAGCCGCGAGGCCCUGGACCGACUGGUGAACAGAGCCUUCCCCAAUCCCAUGACCUGCCCCCUCCUCCAAGGACCCGAAGACAUCAACGUUGGGGUAUGUUUGGCGGCGGUCGGGGUGGAGGGCGGGGACUCGCGGGACGAGUAUGGUGGAUGGCGCUUCCACCAUCUCGCCACUUGGUAUCACGUGGAUCCAAUUCCGGAGCACGAAGGGAACAUUCCGGAGUGGUUCACCAACUACACGGCUUAUCCGCAUCGGCGUGGACUCGGCUGCUGUUCCCACACGGCAGUGUCCUUCCAUUACGUGAAGCCGGAGGAGUUGUACGAGUACGACUACUUCAUCUACAAGCUCCGGCCGUACGGCGUGGCCCCUGUUUUCGCGGGACCGGAGCGGCGUAGAUGA